AUGUUACUAGCAACGGCAACUCAUAGAAAAUAUGCGUUUGUUCUUCUGGCUGCUGUUGUGAUCUGUAUGCUUCUGGUGGGCAACUACGCAUACAACGGCCGUAUAAGUCAAAAUAGCACAACUCAAAGACCGAAACCCACGGCUUCCGCUGCAUCAAAACCAGAGCCAUUUCCUCACAAAAUCUGGCAGAGUUGGAAAGACGAUUCGGAAAAUCCCACAGAGCGGACAGUCGGCUUUCCACACCAAUGGCGUGUUGUCAAUCCUGGCUGGCGAUACGAGCGCAUUACCGAUGCCAACAACGACGCCUACGUUCUUGAUCGCUUCGACGCAAAUAUUUCGGAUAUCUUCACAGGCCUGAAAGAUCCUAUUCUCAAAGCCGAUUUCUUGAGAUACCUUAUUCUGCUGCGCGAAGGUGGUCUAUGGGCAGACAUUGAUGUAUAUCCACACCAGCCCAUUUCAAAAUGGAUACCCAAGCAGUACCAAGGCUCAGUGAAUCUGGUCGUCGGGAUAGAGAACGACCAUCACAAGAAGCCAAUUUGGCCUGGCUCCCCGUACUCUGUACAGCUAUGCCAGUACUCAGUGUUGGCAAAGCCAAACCACCCAGCUAUAAGAACGGUUGUCGAUCAAGUGGCAGGCGAUCUCAAGAAUCUAUUUGCAUCUAAGAAACCAGGUGAUACUGUUUCAUUCGAAGAGGUUAUGAGCACAACUGGGCCUUUUGCAUUUACGAAAGUCCUUAUGGACUACUUCAAAGAGAUGACAGGUACGGAGCAUACUGGCGAUGAACUAGACAGUUUGCCCGAGCCCAGACUGAUUGGGGAUGUGCUAGUCUUACCAAAAGAUAGUUUUGGGUGGCUGCCGCAUGAGAAUACUCAUGAGAAAGGUGAUUCGAGUAUUCUAGUUGAGCAUCUUUUCAUCGGAUCUUGGCGCGAUAGCCAUCAGGGUUGA